GAAGAACAUCCCCGGUAUCUGAGCUGACAGACGGGGAGAGCAUCUCGUCCUCCCUCGCUCGUACCGGAGGCGGCGGGAGUGCUGGCGACAGGAUGGAGGAGAAGAGUCCGUUUCUCUGUGGGGUGGUGGAAGGAUUCUAUGGGAGGCCUUGGUCUAUGGAUCAGAGGAAAGUUCUCUUCCAGUGGAUGCAACACUGGGGGCUGAACACCUACCUGUAUGGUCCGAAAGAUGACCUUAAACACAGACUGCUGUGGAGAGAAGUCUAUUCCCCCGAGGAGGAGGGUCAGUUGCGUACUCUCAUAGUAGAGGCCGAGUCGAGAGGCCUGAGGUUCGUUUACUCCCUCUCUCCUGGUCAGGACAUCGUCUUUUCUUCUUCCUGUGACCUGACCCUGCUCAAACGCAAGUUGAGACAGGUCUCAGACCUGGGUUGCCAGGCCUUUGCCAUUCUGUUUGAUGACAUCGAUCACUCCAUGUGUCAGGCCGACAGCGAGGCCUUCUCUUCAUUCGCCCAUGCUCAGGUCAAUGUAACCAAUGACAUUUAUCGGUUCCUGGGGAAACCACCCGUCUUCCUCUUUUGCCCAACAGAAUACUGUGGUUCUCUGUGUUCUCCCAGUGUAUCCAAGUCUCCCUACCUGCAGACUGUUGGAGAGGACCUACUGCCCAACAUAACAGUGAUAUGGACAGGCAAUAAGGUAAUCUCUAGGAAACUGUCAGUAGACUGCCUGGCAGAGGUGGAGUCCGUCCUGCAGCGUCCCCCGCUCAUCUGGGACAACCUGCAUGCGAAUGACUACGACUCCAGACGUCUCUUCCUGGGGCCUUUCAAGGGUCGAGAGACCGGGUUGAGGAGCCACCUUAGGGGCCUAUUGCUGAACCCGAACUGCGAGUUUGAGGCCAACUACAUUCCACUGCACACGCUGGGGAGCUGGUACAGAGCUGGGGAAGAGGAGAGGAAAGAUGAGGAGUGUGAGUACUGUCCUGAUAGAGCUCUGUCUGCUGCAUUACAAGAUUGGAUGGAGGAACUCAACCAGCCACUACAAGCAGGUCGUCAGUGCUCACGAGCAGACCAGCGUUCCGCUACUCCGACGUCUCGCAGUAAAACUCCUGACAGAUCUGAAGGCCCCUCUGGAUUCAGAGGAUCCCCUGCUGUGGCCAAACUCCCGGUCUUCCCCCUGAACUCCGGCUCACCACCAACAUCACCCACUAAGGUUAAUGGGGAGAGGGAGGGGCAAGACGUGGAUAAACUGAGAGCAAACCCGCCUUGUCAACCCAAUCACCAGCCUCCAGGAUCCAGACCUGGUGCACCCUCAGGGGGAAACCGAGGGCAGAAGGCCCAGGGAAGGGGGCUCUGUCUUGGGAAGGGCCUGCUAAGUGAGUCCCAGGUGCGGCUGCUGGUUGGUCUUCACUAUCUCCCCCACGAACAUGGACCAUCUGCCCAGAAACUGCUACAGGAUCUGACCUGGCUUAAAUCCAACUGUGACCUGGUCAGCUCGAACAGCAAAAAGGCACCUCUGAAGGUUGAUGAGUGGCGUGGUCGGGCCUCUAGGUUCCUGUCGCUGUGUGAAGACAUCGCUCAGCUCCACUGCAGCGUGGUGGGCGGGGCCAACAGGGCUGUGCUCUAUGACCUUUACCCUUAUGUGUGGGAUCUGAGGAACACGGCUCUGGUGGCAAAGGCCUUCAUAUGCUGGCUAGAUGGGCGAGUGUUGGGUGACAGCUCCACCCUGGGCUCCUGGAGAAACUGUUUCCACUUGUGUGGGAAGACCACUGGGGUGGACCUACCAGGAGUGGAAUCCGAGCCGUGGGCGUUCAAAGGGGGCGUGUCUGGGGAGGUGCAGAUGCUUCUCCCGAUAGGAAGCAGCAGUGAACUCUUCAGUCAUCCUCCUCCUCUCUUCCCCACCUCUCGUCUCUAUAACGUCAGGCCCUACCACAGCAAGGACAAGGUGGAGUUGUAUCGGAUGGUCCGGCAGCUUCACCUGAGGACUCAGGGUGGCCAAGAGUCUACUUGUGCUCACCCAGAUAUCAUAGGAGACAGAUGUCUCGGACCUUGCCUGGCGCUGUGCCCCGAAUACAGCUUCAUCCUGGAGGAUGAGCUAGGUGUAUGUGGCUGUGUGUUGGGUAUCCAAGAUGUCCGGUCCUUUGCCAAGCGCUGCCAAGCUACCUGGCUGCCUGCCAUGAGGGACAAAUACCCAAUCAAAGGAGGCAACACACACCCCAACGUGCAGGACCUGAUCCAGAUGAUGGAGGAGGACCAGGGCGAGUACCCAGACUCCCUCCUCUAUCACUUCCCCUCCCAGCUGCGCCUGGACGCUCUGCCUGAGCUGGUGGACGUCAGCGUCAGCCGAACGCUGCUCACUGCCCUCCUCACCGCCCUCAAGGCAAACGGUUCUCAGGGUGUGUUCUGUGAAGUGCAGCCGACAGACCGCCAGAGGCUGGAGUUCUUGACCAAAAUGGGCUUCCUGGAGAUCCUCAGAGGAGAGGCCAGGAGCAGAGAGGGAGUGGUGCUGGGGAGGCUGCUCUGAACAUAGAACACGCACAACAACACACACAAGGUCACACACAUAAACAACACCACACACACGUGAAGGCACUUGCACCCAGAUGCAGUUACAGACACAAAUGAGUUUUCAUUUUAUUUUCAAGAGAGAGAACAUUUCUUAUGGGACGAUGCUGGAUUUCUUAGAUUCUGAGUGGCAGUAAAGAGGGUGAACCCACUUAUUUCUGAGGGAUUUACAAAAUAUAAAAUAAGCCUUUAAUGUAAACCCUCAGCGGAUCUUUGCUAAUCUGUCUGGGAUUCUCCCCCUGGCUGAGGAUUGUGAGUCUAGCUUGACAUGAGAGCAGAGAGCUGGAAAACAGCAGCAACGAACUUCUCUUGUGAGGGACAUGAGUCAUUCAAUCAUAUUCAUAUUUUGUUUAAUGGCUAUAAACAAUAUGGCUGUUUGAUGACGGUGAAUCCACAGUGAAAAAGGUUUGUUUGCAGUCCUCCUCGGCUCUUUGGAGCCAUUUUAGCCAAUUAUUUCGUUUUUCUAGGCUCCAUCUUGUGUGAUGCAUUUUUUCAUUUCAUUCAGGCCUCCCGUUAGUUUUGUUUCCAGAUAGGUUAAGUUUCAAGCUCCUAUCCUGCUGUUUGAAUAGUUUGCAGACUCAAGACCAGACCAACAACCUCACUGUUUACACUCGCUUCGUUUGGAUGAAUGUUAACAUGCAUGAUAAAUAAAUCAUUGUGUGGCUUUUCACAAAGUGGAAUUACAUGCACUGACACUGGCACAGACAUCAUUUCAAUGGAAUGAUCCAACAUGGCAAUAUUAAUGAAUAUGUUCAUAGCUAUAAGGUUUUAGGAGAAAAAAGCAAUUGCAUGCACGCUAGAACUCAUCAGAAAACCCCAUAAACAAUCAUCAGAUUUCUGUGCAUGAAAACUAUCAUUCAGACAUGAAAACGAUCAUUCAGAAAGAUAAGAUACACAAAACACACACACAAAGACAGACACACGUACACAAUUAUCUAAAGUUUACACUCGGUUCUGUUGGCUAUAAAAAUAGAUACCUCUCCCUCAUUCAACACCAUUUACACUUGUCAGAUACAUUUCCUGUGUGUAUUUAUGACUUUGUAUGAGGUGUGUGUGUGUGUGUGUGUGUGUGUGUGUGUGUGUGUGUGUGUGUGUGUGU